AUGGCAGCCCCGGUGGUAGCUCGGGAGGCGCGAGGCGAGCGAGAAGCCCCGACCCUUCGCCUAACCCCGGGCUCCGGCCUGGAGGCGGCGGGCGUGCUGGAGGUGGAGGAGGAGGAGGAAGAGGAGGAGGAGGCGGCGGCGGCCAGGAGAGCUCGGAGUUUCGCCCAAGACGCGCGGGUGCGCUUCCUCGGCGGCCGCCUGGAGCAGAUGCUGGGGCUCCCGGCGGAGAAGUGGAGCCAGCACCUGGAGAGCGAGGACCGCCGGCGGGUCCUGGCGGAGUUUCUGGAGAGCCCCAGCCCCGCCUGCCUGGUGUUCGGCGUCGCCGCCGCGGGGCGGCUCGCGGCCUCCCGGGAGAUUCCAAGAGAUGCAAAACAUAAACUCAUUUAUGUUGCCAAGAAGAUUGCGGAAAGCACUGGAGUAAACGAUUUCUUUCCAACGGUUUUGUUUGGAGAGAUACCGGCCUCAUCCCUGGGACACGUAACUGCUUUCCUAGAUGAGAUUUUAGUGCCAAUUCUUUCGAAUAGGAACAACCAUAAAUCCUGGUCCUGUUUUAUUUCACAAGACACGGAACGUCACGUAGAAGUCAUGAAACAUAAAAUGCAUAUUUUAAGGGGUAAAAUGUUGGGAAGAACUCUUCUGCCAAUUCCGACUAUUGCGGGAAAAUUUGACUUGGAUCCGAAACCUCCAGGGACCCAUUUGGAGCCAGAUGAAAGGACAGUGCUCCAUGCCAUUGAAUCAGUGGUCAUUAAAUGGUCACAUCAAAUCCAAGAAAUUAUAGAGAAAGAUUCAGGGCAGCCCCUGCUGAAUGGCCUUCACUCAAAUCCUCAAACGGAACUGGAUUUCUGGACGAUGAGGAAAGAGAAUCUAUUAUGCAUUUAUGACCAACUUCAGGCUCCUACUGUCCUCAAAAUGGUGAAGAUCCUGAAAACGAAACGAAGUAGCUAUUUCCCAGCUCUGAAGGACAUUUUCACGGCUGUGAAAAAGGCUCUCCUCGAAGCCCAAGACGUGGCGCUCUACCUGAGACCGCUGAGGAGACACAUCCAGUGUCUCCAGGAGACGGAGUUCCCACAGACCCGGGGUCUGAUCGCCCCGUUAUUUCAUACCAUCUGCCUGAUCUGGAGUCAUUCUGAGUUUUACAACACCCCUGCUCGGGUCAUAGUUUUGUUGCAAGAGUUCUGUAAUCUCUUCAUCGAUCAGGCGACAGACUACCUUUCACCUGAAGACCUGUUGAAAGGAGAAGUGGAAGACUCCCUGGAAAAGGUGCAGGUGGCCAUUAACAUCUUAAAGACUUUCAAAAGUUCUUUUUUCAACUACAGAGAAGGACUGGGAAACUAUUUCAUGGGAAACAAGGAGGUGAAACCAUGGGAUUUCCAGUCUCAGCUGGUGUUUUGUAGAUUUGACAAAUUUCUUGACCGUUGCAUGAAAAUGGAGGAUAUAUUUGUCACCGUAUUGGAAUUUGAAAAGCUGGAGAGACUUGAAUUUGGUGGUACCAAGGGAGCCAUUCUGAAUGGACAAAUCCGUGAGAUGAGUGAAGAAUUUAUGGAACUCUGUAAAAUUUUUAAACAGAGCACUUACGACCCAUCCGAUUUCAAUAACAUGGAAUUUGAAAGUGAUUAUGUUGUGUUUAAAUCCAAAACUUUGGAUUUUGACAGAAGGCUUGGGACAAUUCUUUGCGAAGGUUUCUUUAACUGCAAUGGUUUGGAGGCCGCAUUUAAGCUUUUGACCAUAUUUGGGAAUUUUCUAGAGAAACCAGUUGUCAUGGAAAUUUUCCGCCCACAUUACAGCUCACUGGUGCACAUGUUUAAUGCAGAGUUGGAUAUGUGUAAGCAACUGUAUAAUGAACAUAUGAAACAGAUUGAAUGUGGAAAUGUAGUUCUUAACAAGAACAUGCCAUUUACCUCAGGAAAUAUCAAGUGGGCUAAAGAGGUCCUGGACCGACUCCAGACGUUUUGGUCAAACUUCGCAUCUCUCCAGUAUCUAUUCUUAGAAAGUCCUGAUGAUGCCUCAGUUCAUCAGAAGUAUGUUGAAAUGACAGCUCUGCUAGACCAAUUUGAAAAUCGUAUCUAUGAUGAAUGGAAAAAUAACGUGGGUGAAAUCUGUGAAUUCAAUUUGAACCAACCCUUGAUUAAAUUCAGUGCCAUAAAUGGUCUUCUCAGUGUCAACUUUGACCCAAAGCUGGUGGCUGUGCUGAGGGAAGUGAAAUACCUCUUGAUGCUGAGGAAGUCAGACAUUCCAGAUUCAGCCUUAGCCAUCUUCGAAAAAAGAAACACUAUUUUAAAGUACAUUGGCAACCUUGAGCUUCUGGUGCAAGCGUAUAACAAGCUGAAACAGACUCUCCUGGAAGUUGAAUACCCCCUGAUUGAAGACGAGCUGAGGGCGGUGGACGAGCAGCUGCAAGCAGCCGCGGCAUCGCUGACGUGGCGGGAUGACUGCUGGGGGUACAUCGAGAGGGUGAGAGAGGCCACCUCCGAGCUGGAGCGCAGAGUGGAGCGCAUGCAGAGCAACGUGAGAGCCAUCCAGCAAACCAUGAGGGCGUGGGCCGAGUGCACGCUCCUCCCUAGGAGAGAGCACCGGAGGGAGGCCGCCUUCACGUUGGAGGACAAGGCGGAUUUGUUCUCCAAGAAGUACAAGCUCAUCCAAGAGGACGGCUGCAGGAUACACAGCUUGGUGGAGGAAAACAGGAAGCUCUUCAAGGCCAAUCCUUCUCUGGACACCUGGAAGAUUUAUGUGGAAUUCAUUGAUGACAUCGUGGUGGAAGGCUUUUUUCAAGCUAUAAUGCAUGACUUGGACUUCUUUCUGAUGAAUACGGAGAAGCAGUUGAAACCUGCACCAUUUUUUCAAGCACAAAUGAUCUUAAUGCCCCCGGAGAUUCUGUUUAAACCUUCCUUAGAAAGAGAGGCUGGGGAUGGCUUCUAUGAUCUGGUAGAAGGAAUGCUGUGUAAUAGCUUCAGGAUGUCUGCCCAGAUGAAGCGAGUAGCAGCACACCUGGAAAUAGCAAAUUACCAGAAUGACAUGGAUAACAUGUUAGGCCUGGCGGAGGUCAGGCAGGAGAUAAUGAACAGAGUGGCAGGCGUCAUCAGCAAAGUCUUGGACUUCAGAAAUUCCCUGGAUACGUACGCCUACCUCUGGGUGGAUGACCGGGCUGAGUUUAUGAAGCAUUUUCUCCUGUAUGGCCAGACUGCGUCAGCCGAGGAAAUGGAUGCUCAUGCAAAUGAAGAGAUCCCUGAACAACCACCAACCCUGGAACAAUUCAGGGAACAGAUCGACGUUUAUGAGGCUCUGUAUGUUCAGAUGAGCAAGUUCGAUGACUUCCGAGUGUUUGAUAGCUGGUUCAAGGUGGACAUGAAGCCUUUCAAAGUGAGCUUGCUGAACAUUAUUAAGAAAUGGAGCUGGAUGUUUCAGGAGCAUCUUUUGAGAUUUGUCAUCGACAGUUUGAAUGAGCUACAAGAAUUUAUAAAGGAGACAGAUGGCGGACUCCAGAGAGAAUUAAAUGAAGGCGAUCACGAUGGCCUCGUUGACAUCAUGGGGCAUCUUCUGGCUGUGAGAAGCCGCCAGAGAGCUACCGAUGAACUCUUUGAGCCGCUGAAAGAAACCAUUGCGCUCUUGGAAACCUAUGGCCAGAAGAUGCCCGAGCAAGUCUACAUUCAGCUCGAGGAAUUACCAGAAAGAUGGGAAACCACCAAAAAGAUUGCAGCAACGGUCCGGCACGAAGUUUCACCUCUCCAGAAUGCGGAAGUCACUCUUAUAAGGAAAAAAUGUAUUUUGUUUGAUGAGAAGCAGGCCGAGUUCAGGGAGAGAUUCAGACUCUAUGCUCCUUUCGGUUUUCAUGCGGAAAAUCCAUACACAGUGCUUGAUAAGGCAAACGAAGAGCUUGAGGCUUUAGAAGAAGAAAUGUUACAGAUGCAAGAAUCGACUCGUCUUUUUGAAGUGGUUCUCCCAGAGUACAGGCCCAUGAGGCAGUGUCGCAGAGAAAUACAGCUGCUCAAGGGACUCUGGGAUGUCAUUGUGAGCGUUCAAAGCAGCAUUGAUAAUUGGACCAAAACCCAGUGGAGGCAGAUUAAUGUGGAACAGAUGGAUGUAGAACUCAGACGGUUUGCCAAGGAAAUCUGGUCACUAGACAAGGAAGUCCGAGUCUGGGAUGCAUACACAGGCCUGGAAGGCCUGGUAAAGGACAUGGCAACCUCCCUGCGAGCCGUCAGGGACUUACAGAGCCCCGCCCUCCGAGACAGGCAUUGGCACCAGCUCAUGACAGCCAUUGGGGUCACAUUUUCAAUAAGCGAAGCCACAACUCUGGCAGACUUGUUAGCCCUGCGGUUACACCAAAUGGAAGAUGCUGUCCGGAGCAUCGUGGACAAAGCAGUGAAAGAACUGGGGACCGAAAAGGUUAUAACUGAAAUCAGUCUGACCUGGGCAACCAUGGAAUUCUCUUACGAAGUUCAUUACCGAACAGGCAUUCCGUUACUAAAGUGUGAUGAACAACUUUUUGAAACUCUAGAGCACAACCAGGUUCAGUUGCAGACUCUGCUUCAAAGCAAGUAUGUGGAAUACUUCAUUGAGCAAGUCUUAAGCUGGCAAAAUAAGCUAAACAUAGCGGACUCCGUCAUCUUUAUGUGGAUGGAGGUCCAGCGAACUUGGUCUCACCUGGAGAGCAUCUUUGUGUGUUCAGAAGACAUUCGAAUCCAGCUUGUGGAAGAUGCUAGGAGAUUCGAUGGAGUAGACGCUGAGUUUAAGGAGUUAACGUUCAAGACAGCUAAAAUAAAAAAUGUUUUAGAAGCAACAUGCAGACCUAAUCUCUUUGAAAAACUCAAAGAUUUACAGGACAGGCUUUCUCUUUGUGAAAAAGCUCUCGCCAAAUACCUGGAAACCAAGCGCGUGGCUUUUCCCCGCUUCUAUUUCAUCUCUUCUGCAGACUUACUUGACAUUCUUUCAAAGGGAGCUCAGCCUAAACAGGUGACACGUCACCUGGCCAAACUCUUCGACAGCGUGGCAGACCUGCAGUUUGAAGACGACCAGGAUGCUGGUGCCCACAGAGCCAUUGGCAUGUUCAGCAAAGAAAAGGAAUAUGUCCCAUUCCAAGCCAUGUGUGAAUGCAGAGGCCACGUGGAAAUGUGGCUUCUGCACCUUGAGCAGACCAUGCAGGACACAGUGCGACAUUCUAUCACGGAGGCCAUAGUGGCCUAUGAGGAGAAACCGAGGGAACUGUGGAUUUUCGACUUCCCGGCUCAAGUCGCGCUAACCAGCUCACAAAUCUGGUGGACCACGGAUGUGGGCAUAGCCUUCAGCAGACUGGAGGAAGGCUAUGAAACGGCCCUAAAGGAUUUCCACAAAAAACAGGUUUCUCAGUUGAAUGCACUGAUCGCACUUCUGCUGGGAGAGCUGCUCCCUGGAGACAGGCAGAAGGUCAUGACGAUUUGCACCAUAGACGUCCACGCCAGGGAUGUGGUGGCAAAGCUCAUUUCUCAGAAGGUUGUCAGUCCCCAAGCUUUUGCGUGGCUGUCUCAACUUCGUCACCAGUGGGAGGACUCCCGGAAACACUGUUUUGUUCAUAUUUGCGAUGCCCAGUUCCAGUACUUCUAUGAAUAUUUAGGAAACAGCCCUCGACUAGUGAUCACCCCUCUGACCGACAGGUGUUACAUUACUCUAACUCAGUCACUUCGCCUAACCAUGAGUGGGGCUCCAGCUGGCCCCGCGGGUACAGGGAAAACCGAAACCACCAAAGACCUUGGACGUGCCCUGGGCAUGAUGGUUUAUGUGUUCAACUGCUCAGAGCAGAUGGACUACAAAUCCAUAGGAAAUAUCUACAAGGGACUGGUGCAGACCGGAGCUUGGGGCUGCUUCGAUGAGUUCAACCGGAUUUCUGUGGAAGUUCUGUCCGUGGUGGCCGUACAAGUGAAAAUGAUCCACGAUGCCAUCAGACACAGGAGAAAGAGAUUUGUAUUUCUCGGGGAAGCUAUCACACUGAAGCCAUCAGUUGGAAUAUUUAUUACCAUGAACCCGGGAUAUGCUGGUCGAGCCGAAUUACCGGAAAAUCUCAAAGCUCUUUUCAGACCCUGUGCCAUGGUGGCCCCUGACAUUGAGCUGAUCUGUGAAAUCAUGUUAGUCGCUGAAGGUUUCGUGGAUGCACGCGCGUUAGCCCGCAAGUUCAUUACGUUGUACACGCUCUGCAGGGAGCUCCUCUCCAAGCAGGAUCAUUAUGAUUGGGGACUUCGUGCUGUUAAAUCUGUCUUGGUUGUCGCUGGCUCCCUGAAACGAGGAGAUAAAAAUAGACCCGAAGAUCAGGUCCUCAUGAGAGCAUUAAGGGACUUCAAUAUGCCUAAAAUAGUGACCGACGACAUCCCCGUGUUUUUGGGCCUGGUCGGCGACCUGUUUCCAGCCCUGGAUGUGCCCCGGAGGAGGGCGCCGCACUUGGAGCAGAUGGUCAGGCAGUCCACCCUGGAGCUCCGCCUGCAGCCCGAGGAGAGCUUCAUCCUCAAAGUGGUCCAGCUGGAGGAGCUGUUGGCCGUGCGGCACUCCGUCUUCGUGGUUGGGAACGCGGGCACCGGGAAGAGUCAGAUUUUGAGAACACUGUACCGAACAUAUGUUAACAUGAAACAGAAACCCAUUUGGAAUGACUUAAACCCUAAAGCUGUGACAACAGAUGAACUCUUUGGUUUCAUACAUCACACUACCCGAGAAUGGAAAGAUGGUCUCUUCUCGUCUAUUCUGCGAGAACAAGCAAAUCUUACGCAGGAUGGACCAAAAUGGAUAGUCCUGGAUGGAGAUAUUGAUCCCAUGUGGAUUGAAUCACUAAAUACUGUCAUGGAUGAUAACAAGGUGCUGACCUUGGCCAGCAAUGAGCGCGUAGCCCUCGCGCCCUCCAUGAGGCUGCUCUUUGAGAUCCAUCACUUAAGGACAGCGACCCCGGCCACUGUUUCCAGAGCGGGUGUUCUGUAUGUGAACCCACAAGAUUUGGGCUGGAAUCCGUACGUGGCCAGUUGGAUCGACAGAAGGCAGCAUCAAUCAGAAAAGGCCAAUUUAACGAUUCUUUUCGAUAAGUACGUGCCCGCGUGCCUGGAUAAGCUGAGGACGAGCUUCAAAACCAUCACCUCCAUUCCCGAGAGCAGCCUGGUGCAGACUAUUUGUGCUCUUCUGGAAUGUUUGCUGACUCCGGAAAAUGUACCUUCCGACAGCCCCAAAGAAGUGUACGAAGUCUAUUUCGUCUUCGCUUGUGUCUGGGCCUUCGGAGGCACCCUGCUGCAAGACCAGCUUUCUGGUCAUCAAGCUGAAUUCAGUCGGUGGUGGCACAAAGAGAUGAAAGCAGUGAAGUUUCCAUCUCAGGGAACAAUCUUCGAUUAUUACCUGGACCACAAUACUAAUAAAUUUUUGCCUUGGACGGACAAAAUCCCCACAUUUACUAUGGACCCAGAUGUCCCUCUGCAGAGGGUUCUGGUCCACACAUCAGAGACAACUCGUCUCAGAUAUUUCAUGGAGUUGUUGCUUGAGAAAGGACAACCGCUAAUGCUGGUAGGGUAUGCUGGAGUGGGAAAAACGGUCUUCGUAGGGGACAUGCUGGCGAGUCUCUCUGAGGAUUACGUGGUGUCCCGUGUGCCUUUCAACUACCACACAACGUCUGCAGCUCUGCAGAGAAUUCUUGAGAAACCUCUAGAGAAAAAAGCUGGUCGCAACUAUGGCCCGGGAGGAAAUAAAAAAUUGGUUUACUUUCUCGACGACAUGAAUAUGCCCGAAGUGGACUCAUAUGGCACCGUUCAGCCCCACACUCUGAUUCGGCAGCACCUUGAUUACGGACACUGGUAUGAUAGACAGAAGGUGAUGCUUAAAGAAAUCCACAACUGUCAGUACGUGGCCUGCAUGAACCCGACGGUGGGCAGUUUCACAAUCAACCCCAGACUCCAGAGACAUUUCACAGUGUUUGCAUUCAACUUUCCAUCCUUGGAUGCUCUAAACACCAUCUACAGCCAAAUCCUUAGUUUCCACUUCCGGCAGCAAGCGUUUGGUCCAUCAGUUCUCAGGAGCGGCCCCACACUGAUACAGGCAGCAAUCGCGGUCCAUGCGAUGAUGGCACAUCACUUCUUACCCACGGCUGUUAGAUUCCACUACCUCUUUAACAUGAGGGACCUGUCGAGCAUCUUCCAGGGGAUUUUACUUGCAUCUCCUGAAUGUCUAAAGGGUUCAAACGAUUUAAUACGCCUGUGGCUUCAUGAAUCUUCUCGUGUUUAUGGAGACAAGCUGAUAGACACAAAGGAUUGUGAUUUGUUUCAGAAAAAAUUGCUGGAAACUGCCUGUAAAUAUUUUGAAGGUGUAGACAUUCAUGUCCUGCUUCAGCAGCCCCUCAUCUAUUGCCACUUCGCCAGUGGUGGGGGAGAGCCAUGCUACCUGCCAGUGAAGGACUGGGAGGGGCUGAAGGCACUUCUCACAGAGACGUUAGACAACUACAAUGAACUGAACGCGGCCAUGCACCUCGUCUUAUUUGAAGAUGCCAUGCACCACGUGUGUCGCAUCAGCCGAAUCCUCCGGACGCCUCAGGGCUAUGCCCUCCUCAUCGGAGUGGGCGGCAGCGGCAAGCAGAGCCUGUCCCGGCUGGCGGCCCACAUGUGCAGCCUGGAGGUCUUCCAGCUCACCCUGACCCAAGGCUUUGGGGCCCAGGAACUCCGGGUGAAUCUGGCCAAUUUGUUCAUCCGAACCGGAGCCAAGAACAGGCCCACUGUGUUCCUGCUGACAGAUGCCCAGGUUCUAGAUGAGAGCUUCCUCGUGCUGAUUAAUGACUUGCUGGCAUCAGGAGACAUCCCCGAUCUCUUCAGCGAUGAAGAUGUGGACAAGAUUGUUUCUGGAAUCCGCGGUGAAGUUCGUGGUCUGGGCAUGGUGGACUCCAGAGAAAACUGUUGGCAGUUCUUUUUGGCCAGGGUGCGGCUGCAGCUCAAAAUCAUUCUGUGUUUCUCUCCCGUCGGCCACACGCUGCGAGUUCGAGCUCGGAAGUUCCCAGCCAUAGUUAACUGCACGGCUAUUGACUGGUUUCAUGCGUGGCCGCAGGAGGCUCUGGUCUCAGUCAGCAGGAGGUUCAUUGAGGAAAUCAAGGGGAUUGAGCCCCUGGACAAAGAUUCCAUUAGCUUGUUCAUGGCACACGUUCACACCAGCGUCAAUGAAAUGAGUACCAGGUAUUACCAAAAUGAGAGAAGAUACAACUAUACCACCCCAAAGAGUUUUCUAGAACAAAUAUCCCUGUUUAAGAACCUGUUGAAGAAGAAACAAAAAGAGGUAUCCCAAAGGAAAGAGCACUUGGUGAAUGGCAUUCAGAAGCUGAAAACCACAGCCUCUCAGGUGGGAGAUCUCAAAGCCAGGCUUGCCUCUCAAGAAGCCGAGUUGCAACUGAGAAAUCAGGAUACUGAAGCUCUGAUUGCCAAGAUCGGGCUUCAGACAGAGAAAGUGAGCCGGGAAAAGGCCAUCGCCGAUGCCGAGGAGCAAAAGGUGACAGCCAUUCAGACCGAAGUGUCCCAGAAACAGAAAGAGUGUGAGGCCGACUUGCUCAAGGCUGAGCCUGCUCUGGUGGCUGCAACAGCUGCACUCAACACACUCAACAGGGUCAAUCUCACUGAGCUGAAGGCCUUUCCCAACCCUCCGAACGCCGUCACCAACGUUGCCGCGGCUGUGAUGGUCCUUCUGGCUCCCCGGGGCAGGGUGCCCAAAGACCGAGGCUGGAAAGCAGCGAAAGUCUUCAUGGGAAAGGUUGAUGAUUUCUUGCAAGCGUUAAUUAACUAUGACAAAGAGCACAUUCCAGAGAACUGUCUAAAAGUGGUGAAUGAACAGUAUUUGAAAGACCCGGAGUUCAAUCCCAACCUGAUUCGGACCAAAUCUUUCGCAGCAGCGGGCCUCUGCGCCUGGGUCAUCAACAUCAUCAAGUUCUAUGAGGUCUACUGUGACGUGGAGCCCAAACGCCAAGCAUUGGCCCAAGCGAACUCAGAAUUGGCUGCAGCUACUGAGAAGCUAGACGCGCUCAGGAAAAAGCUUGUGGAUCUGGAUCGAAAUCUGAGCCGACUCACAGCUUCGUUUGAAAAAGCAAUAGCUGAGAAGGUUCGGUGCCAGGAAGAGGUGAACCAGACAAACAAAACCAUUGAACUGGCCAACAAACUUGUCAAGGAACUCGAGUCGGAGAAGAUUCGCUGGGGCCAGUCUAUAGAAUCCUUUGAAGCUCAAGAGAAGACACUCUGUGGCGAUGUUCUGCUGACGGCAGCCUUUGUGUCUUACGUUGGAUCCUUCACGAAGCAGUACCGCCAGGAACUGGUGGACUGCAAGUGGGUUCCCUUUCUUCAGCGAACGGUUUCCAUUCCAAUAACCGAAGGCCGGGAUUUGAUUGCUAUGCUGACGGACGAUGCUACCAUUGCUGCCUGGAAUAACGAAGGCCUGCCCAGUGAUAGGAUGUCAACCGAAAACGCCACAAUCCUCACACACUGUGAGCGCUGGCCCCUGCUGAUAGAUCCCCAGCAACAGGGAAUUAAGUGGAUCAAGAAUAAGUAUGGAACUGACCUGAAAGUCACACAUUUGGGCCAGAAAGGGUUUUUGAAUGCCAUUGAAGCUGCUCUGGCCUUUGGAGAUGUCAUCUUAAUUGAAAACCUUGAGGAAACGGUAGAUCCAGUCCUUGACCCACUGCUUGGCAGGAACACGAUUAGAAAAGGAAAGUAUAUCAGGAUUGGAGACAAAGAGUGUGAAUUUCACCAGAACUUCCGUCUCCUCCUCCACACAAAGCUGGCCAAUCCUCACUAUAAGCCAGAAUUGCAAGCUCAGACGACCCUCCUCAACUUCACGGUCACAGAAGACGGUCUGGAAGCCCAGCUGCUGGCAGAGGUGGUCAGCAUCGAAAGGCCGGAUUUGGAGAAGCUUAAGCUGCUCCUGACGAAGCACCAGAACGACUGUAAGAUCGAGCUGAAGUCCCUGGAGGACGACCUCCUCCUGCGCCUGUCGGCGGCCCAGGGCAGCUUCCUGGGCGACACGCGGCUGGUGGAGAGGCUGGAGGCCACGAAGGCCACGGCCGCCGAGAUAGAGCAUAAGGUGACUGAAGCUAAAGAAAAUGAAAAGAAGAUCAACGAGGCCCGAGAAUGUUACCGGCCAGUGGCCGAGAGAGCAGCUCUUCUUUAUUUUGUUAUUAACGACCUCAGAAAAAUCAACCCCGUCUAUCAGUUCUCCUUGAAGGCUUUCAGUGUGCUGUUCCACAGAGCCAUGGAGCAGGCCGACAGGGUGGAGGACACGCAGGGGCGCAUCUCAGUCCUCAUGGAGAGCAUCACCCACGCCAUCUUCCUCCACACCAGCCAGGCGCUGUUUGAGAAGGACAAGCUCACCUUCCUGUCCCAGAUGGCUUUUCAGAUUUUGUUGAGAAAGAAAGAGAUAGACCCUGAUGAAUUGGAUUUCCUGCUUCGAUUCACAGUUGAACACACUUACCUGAGUCCUGUCGACUUCCUAACUACUCAGUCAUGGAGUGCCAUUAAGGCAGUAGCCCUUAUGGAAGAAUUUCGAGGCAUAGAUAGAGACGUGGAAGGAUCUGCCAAGCAGUGGAGGAAGUGGGUGGAAUCCGAGUGUCCAGAAAAAGAAAAGUUACCGCAAGAAUGGAAGAAGAAGAGUUUAAUACAGAAGCUGAUCAUUUUGAGAGCAAUGCGCCCUGACAGGAUGACCUAUGCGCUCAGGAAUUUCGUGGAGGAAAAACUGGGUGCCAAGUAUGUGGAGAGGACCAGACUGGACUUAGUGAAAGCCCUUGAGGGAAGCAGCCCAGCCAUCCCCGUGUUCUUCAUCCUGUCUCCGGGGGUAGACGCCCUCAAAGACCUCGAGGUCCUUGGCAAAAGACUCGGGUUUACCAUCGACUCGGGAAAACUCCACAACGUGUCUCUAGGGCAAGGUCAGGAGGCAGUGGCGGAAGUGGCGCUGGAGAAGGCCUCCCAAGCAGGACACUGGGUCAUCCUCCAAAAUGUCCACUUGGUAGCCAAGUGGCUGGGAACCUUGGAGAAACUCCUUGAACGAUUCAGCCAAGGAAGCCACAGAGAUUACAGGGUUUUCAUGAGUGCCGAGACUGCACGCACACCAAGUGAACACAUCAUCCCACAGGGACUCCUGGAAAAUUCCAUCAAGAUCACUAAUGAACCCCCCACAGGAAUGCUGGCCAAUUUACAUGCUGCUCUCUACAACUUUGAUCAGGAUACGCUCGAAGUGUGCUCCAAGGAGCAGGAGUUUAAAAGCAUCCUCUUCGCCCUGUGCUAUUUCCACGCCUGUGUUGCUGGGAGGCUGAGGUUCGGCCCCCAGGGCUGGAGCCGCAGCUAUCCCUUCAGUCCCGGGGACCUCACCGUUUGUGCCGACGUCCUCUACAACUACUUAGAGGCCAACCCGAACGUCCCAUGGGAAGACCUCCGGUACCUUUUUGGUGAGAUCAUGUAUGGGGGCCACAUCACAGAUGACUGGGAUCGCCGGCUGUGUCGGGUGUAUUUAGAGGAAUUCAUGAAUCCAUCUCUGAUUGAAGAUGAGCUUCUGCUGGCACCGGGCUUUGCAGCGCCACCCAACCUAUCGGAUUACUCAGGCUACCACCAGUACGUCGAGGAGACGCUUCCUCCAGAAAGCCCCACGCUGUACGGCCUCCACCCAAACGCGGAAAUAGAGUUCCUGACAGUGACGUCCAACACUCUCUUCAGAACUUUGCUGGAGACGCAGCCCAGGAAAGCACUCGUCAGCAAGGAGCUGGAGCCGUCCACAGAAGACAAGGUGAAGAAUAUCUUGGAUGACAUCUUGGAGAAACUCCCGGAAGAGUUCAACGUGGCAGAGAUCAUGCAAAAAACCUCAGACAGAAGCCCCUACGUUCUUGUUUGCUUCCAAGAAUGUGAGAGGAUGAACCUUCUCCUACGGGAAAUCCACGUGUCGCUUCAGCAGUUAGACCUCGGUUUGAAGGGGGAGCUGACGCCGUCACCCGCUGUGGAAGCCCAGCAGUCCGCGCUGAGUUACGACAUGGUGCCAGACACGUGGAGCAAACUGGCUUACCCAUCUACCUACGGCCUGGCCCAGUGGUUUAAUGACCUCCUCUUGCGAUGCCGAGAACUGGACACCUGGACACAAGAUCUCGCCCUCCCGGCUGUGGUGUGGCUUUCUGGCCUCUUCAACCCUCAGUCCUUCUUAACUGCAAUCAUGCAGACCAUGGCUCGAAAAAACGCGUGGCCACUGGAGAAAAUGUGCCUGACGGUCGACGUGACCAAAAAAACCAAGGAAGACUAUGGCCACCCCCCAAGGGAAGGCGCCUAUCUGCACGGGCUCUUCAUGGAAGGUGCGAGAUGGGACACCCAGUCCGGAACCAUUGCUGAAGCCCGCCUCAAGGAGCUGACAUCGGCGAUGCCAGUCAUCUUUGCAAAAGCCAUGCCCACGGACAGACAGGAAACCAAACACACCUAUGAGUGCCCUGUGUACAGAACCAAAAUGAGGGGCCCCAACUACAUCUGGACCUUCAGGUUGAGGAGCAAAGAGAAGACGGCCAAGUGGGUCCUGGCAGGCGUGGCUCUGCUGCUGGAGGCGUAG